AUGUCCGAGACAACCACCGUCGAUCUUACUCGCUUCUCCCACUGGAUAUGCAAGAGAAACACUACAUCCACGGCAGAUGCCCACUGCAACACGGCCAACGGAAUGGGUGAUAAGAAAUGCAAGAAGUGCAUGGAGGAGCGUGACUUUGGCUCUAUUGCACAGAAUAAGGACAAUAAAGACAUUGGCGAGCUAUAUCUGAAGGCUGACGAUGGUUCUGAGGUCUGGAAGUACUUUGAGUAG